AUAAAUGUAAACUAACUAAAUAAGAUAAAUAUAUAUAAACAUUUAUAAAUAGAGUUAGAUAGAUAGCAUUAUUAUUUUUUAUGGAUGCACAAAAAGCACAGAUUUAAACUCCAGUCCUAAAUGAAUAAUAAAAUCUCACUUUCACUGCACCUUGUGGUUUCUGUUCCUCGGUGUCUUUAGACAUGAUUUUACUUUUGAUCAUAAUGUUUGAAUUAGACAUUACAGAUCUUACUCGCGCUACACUCUGUAUCAGCGCGUCUACACCGCGCGUGACCAGCAACGCAGUCUCGUUAUUAACACUUUAUUUUCAGUGCUUUUUGAACUGUCUCUCAGCCCUAAAUAGUUCCGCGGUAUUUGUGUGGAAUUGGGAUGAACGUCUAGUUAAAGGGUUGAUGUCUCGCUGGCGCAGUGAUUUGUUCUUUAGGAGUGUUUUUCUCUUGAACAGCGCUCCGUGUGGAGACUUGAGGUAGUUCUGUAGUCACAGGUGCACAAAUCAGUCACACAGCUCCAGCUCCACCUGCGCCUCUCGCAGGGAAACGGUUUCUGUGCACUGGCUCCGUCCCAAAUCACCUUGUAUGGAACCUCUAUCUCUAGUGCACUAGGUGCGGUAGAGACUCCAUUCGUUCAGACCGUGUGUAGUGUACCUAGAUACGCAGUCGUGCAGGAUUUGGGCACAGGCCACGCUAAUGAAACAUCAUCCAUUUCAAGUCAAGUUGCUAUUGUUAAACAUUUCACUAAAACCUGUAUGGAAACGUUGCUGUUCAGUUGUUCUAUAAGUGCAAUUUCAACCAAAUACUGUGGAGUGUAAAAGUUUGUACCCCCUUUUGGUUUCUUUUGGACGGAAGGGUGUUAAAUGUCCUAAACACUACAAAAUUUGACUAAUCCCUUCUAUUGUGUGCUGGAAGAUCGCUGGACUUGAAGCAACUCCAAAUGGUGGCCUGUUUGUCCAAAGCCCGUGGUGGUGGCAGUGCAUGGCGUGUGUGGGGGAGCAGGUCUGUUGGGAGUGUUAAGUACCAUCUCAUACACUCAGCAAACAAUAUGGAUGGAACUUUCCAGAGUUGUGGUGUCACUUUUCCUGCAAAGCUUUAAUCAUCAGAGAGUUAUCUUUUACUGGGGCUUUUAGCUGCAGGAGACUGAAUUACUAACAGUUUUUUUGUGGAUCUGAUUUCUUCUUUCGCAGGAGUGGAUCUAAUCACAGCCUGUGAUAUUCGUCUGUGCACACAGGAUGCCUGGUUUCAGGUGAAGGUAUGAGGAACAUUAACUUGCCAUACAUUGCUUGCUUACAUGUUUACACCAAGAUCUGUAAACAAGUUAUUUUUAUCCAUAUGAUCAUAUAUCGAGAUAGUAAGUGAUGAGAAGAUAAGAAUGGGCUGAUUGUUCUGACUUGAACAAGCCCCUAUGAAAGAGUUGACCACAAGGGGGCACACUCUGAACAAUUAUUACAUUUGCAGUUUGUUGAAGAUUAAAUAAACCACAGUGAGCAUCAGAUGUCCGGUUUUAAUACAAAGUGGACUAUUUUAUGAUAUUACCAUCUUGUCAUUUAUCAAAGAAGAACUCCAAAACCUGAAAUUUGUUCAUUUUUAGACCGAAAAAUUCUGCAGUGUAGCUCUUCUAGUGGGCUUUCCCACUGGAAGUUUAGUCCAACACAGAGCAGUUUGCAUGAAAAGUUGGUAAUGUGUCCGUCGUAAUGUGGACUGGGAAGUGCGCUGUGGUACCGAACCCGAGACUACCUGUAGAAGGUGGUCCGAGUUCGGUUACACUGGAACUGUGAAUGCGAAUUGUCCCAUGAAUGUGAACGUAACUUAUAUCCGGGUCCGCACUUGUUCAGGAAGUAGAGUAACCUGUGCUGAAGGCCUGUUGUGGUGAUGACGUGUCAUGACACGUUUUGGCCCAAAUCUGCAGUAACUUUGAAAAAGUGGAAGCUCCUCUGAAUAUUGUGGAGUUUCUUGAUUUUGUGUUAAUUUCUAUGAUCACAAAAAGGUGAAAUUCUGGACUGACACAUGGAAGAUAUGGAAUGAUAACAGAAGAAUGUGACUUUGGGUUGUACCGUGUAUUUUUUUCAUGUAGCUUUAUUAUUUAGUAUAAAUGAAGGAAAGUGUGUGUUCUGUUCUUCAUCUCUGCAGUCGUGUGUUCCCUGAUAGUCAAUGAUUGCUGGAGCUCUGGAAAUAGCAGGUGAGAUUGCAGGCCGGAGUCGCGUCGCUGUCCAAGGAACCAAAAUCAACCACCUCUACUCCUGAGACCACAGUGUAACUGAGAGCCUAGACUACAUGGCUACUUGGAACAUGAACAUGUUGCAGACACAGGAUCUUAUGAAGUCAGCGCAGGCAGCCCUGGAAAAGAAGAGUCCGAAAGACGUGCCCUUCUCCAAGCUUUAAAGGAGAAGAUCCAGGGCUGUUGAAGCUGCGGUGGAACUGAGACUUCAUCAUCCCCAUAUCUUUAGUUUUUCUUGCUAAGUCUCAGUUUCUUUUUAGUCUUUUUAUUUUUAGACUGGUCAAAAGACUGAUUAGUGGAAGUGAAAUGAUGGAUGAACUUUUAAUUACUUGCUUUAUUAUUUGCAGGUGCCUUGUACAGUAAGACAGGGUAACUAAUACUCAAAAGCUUGUUUUGUGUGUUAACAUGUACAGUAGAUGUACAUAUUUUUUCUGGUCCUGUGUGACUGCAGAAUGUAGUGCAGUUAACACAGUAAAUUUCCUUGGAUGCUCACUUUUAACUCGAGGAGGUCACAGUUUGCCCAGACAUCUUUUUUUAAAUCCGUCACCCACACGUCAUUCUGGGGGACGAAGAGGAGGAAGCUGGACAGAUAAAUUUAUUUAUUUAUUUAUCAUUGCUGUGUUUCCUCAAUCGAGUGCAGAAAAACAACACAACUGAUUUAAAAUAAAAAUAUAGAAAACAAUCUAAUGUAAGGUUCUGAUCCGGUUUGCUUUCAGCAGGAAGGCUGUCCUCUUUCCUGUUGCUCUUUCUCUUCUAUUAGUCCAUUUGUCCAGUCUGAAUCGGUUUGAUUCGUUUCGAGACGAUUCGGAGUCGAAUAAUUUUCUAGUGAGAGUCGCACACUUCCAAACGAACUAGACUGAGAUGAGUAUUUGAUUCUCACUAGAAAGUGAUUCGACUCUGAAUCAACUCGAAAUGAAUCAGUCAAACUGAUUCAGACUCUAUAAAAGGACUAUGAGAUGUGAUUAAGAUAUAUAUUCCAAUGUUUUGCUUUACAAUUCCACUGUGUGUGUGUGUGUGUGUGUGUGUGUGUGUGCGCGCACGUGUGUUUUUCAGGAGAACGAGAAACUCGGACACAACAGUACAUCCUGACCAUUGGUACUGUGUACACAUCAACAUACACACACGUCUCCAUGCUGGACAGCUCAGGAGCUUUCACACACAGUGCUAGGAAUAUCCCGGGACAGAGAAACGCACCUCCUAAGUGAGCGAGUUUAGCGUCAACCGGUGAAAUUUGCUGUAGCGUGAACACUUCGCCUCUGUGAGCUUCACUCUCCGUCAGGUUCACUGUAAUUAGACAUAAAAUGUACUGUCGCGACCGGCAGAGUGCCGGCGCACAUAAGAAGGAAAUCGCUCCUUCUCCAACUGCCGCACCGGCACGACGUGGGCAGCCUCCUGCCGAACAUUCCGCCAGCCGGAAGGACCGCCGUGGCAGGGCGGGGCUGACGCGACUCCGGCCAGCGAUUGGCGGAUCCAACGGGGAAGUCCCACCACUCAGGCGACGGCGGAGGAGGAUAAAAGGGCGCGCUUCCGGCUGGGAAGGGGAGGAGAAUAUCGUAGCGUCAAGACGGACUCCGUGCGUGUUUGCAGCGAUGUGCAAUCUCCGAUCACGACGGUAACCUCACGCCCCACGCUAAUCUCUCUCUCUCUCCCUCUCUUCAGAAGGCACAAGCGCGGACGAGACCGCCGGAUAGUGAGAGUCGCACACACGGAGGACGCCGGCCCGGGAAAACCCCCGCCCCGCCUCGGGAAUCCCGCCUCCGCCACGAGUAGACUCCGCCGGCCGCCACGCCUCCACAAAACCCCGCGCUUAUCCACUUAUAACCCAUUCACUUCACCCUAGCCACAAUAAACCACCGCUUACAACCAUCCUUCUGUCUCCUGUGGGUCUGUACGCCGCCCUUCCCCGGGCUAAUUCCUCACAACUGGUGGAGGAUGCAGGCGUAGUACAGACCCGCCUACCACACAAAAAAUAAAAAAAAAUAAUAAUAAUUUUAUAAAUAAACGCGUUAGAGAGAGGAAAAAAAAAAAAAAAGGAGCCCCCCCCAAAAUGGACCGCACCCUGCAAUACCUGCUGGAGGCCAGCCUCCAGCAGCACGCUGUGACACAGCAGCUCGCCGAGAGCCUUCAGGUCGCCAUACAGACACUGAUCGCCAUGAGGACUGAGGCCCCCGCCGCCUCCGUGCCUCUCCCCGACGCAAGCAGUGAGAUCCGCCGCCUACUACCCCCCCUCGGCCCCGAAGAGGACCUCGAGGCGUACUUCGAAGCCUUCGAGAGUAUCGCCCGCCGGGAGGGGUGGGACCGUGAAGAUUGGCCACGCGCCCUUGGCCCACUACUCACGGGAGAGGCCCGAACAGCCUACUAUGCCCUCGAGCCGGAGGAGGCCGCAGACUACCUGGCGAUGAAGGAGGGAGUCCUGGCAUGGUGUGGCCGAACCCCUGGCCAGGCAGCUACUGAAUUCCAUCGCUGGGUUUAUCGACCAGGUGCCCGACCACGGUGCCAGAUGAGCGCCCUCAUCCGGAUCACCAAACGAUGGCUCCGGCCGGAUCGGCAUACCGCCUCAGAGGUGGCAGAGAAAGUGGCGGUCGACCGUUUCCUGAGGGCGCUACCACGGGCAGAGAGACAGGCUGUGGGGGCACAUGCCACAACUACGCCCCAGGAACUCCUGACUGUCCUGGAGCGAACCUUGGCCAACCUAGAGCUCGACCCCGGGGAGCAGCAGCACCUCGAUCGGCCCCUCGGUGCCCAGGGCCCCCGGUCCGACCGCCAGACCCGGCCCUGCACCUGGAGGAACCCCCAGAGGGCGCCCACUUGUGAACACCCCCGAAAGGAGUCCAUGCCUACAGAGCCGGAGAGGGAAGCCGCCUGGCUGCUGACAAAACCAUGGCUCGCAGGCUGCGCCCUCCAUCAGCGGCAACCGCCGGAGGCGCCCUCUUUGACGGUGUGGGUCGAAGGGAAACCGGUAACCGCCCUACUGGACACCGGGAGCACGGUGACCCUCGCCCAGCCCUCCAUCCUGCUUGACGGACGCCACCCAAGCGGGACGCUCACCAUGACCUGCGUCCAUGGGGACACCCGGGAAGUCCCCGCAGCCGAGGUCCGGAUCCGGGGCGAAGCCGGCACCUGGCCCCUUCAGGUCGGAAUCAUCCCCAAACUCCCCGUGCCCCUCCUCCUGGGACGAGACUGGCCCGGAUUCCGGGUGGUACCGAGAGCCGGGCCCCGGAGAUCGCGGCGACGUGUGAAGGGGCAAGCAAGGAUUGACAGGGUGGGCCCCAUCGUCCGGGAGGCUGGCCUGACAGCGAACCCAAAGAAAUGCCACCCAGGGCUGACGGAAGCCCAGUACCUGGGAUACCGUAUCGGACAGGGAAUGAUGAAGCCCCAACUAAAGAAGAUCGAGGCUGUGAAGGACUAUCCGCGUCCGACAUCGAAAAACCAGGUACGUGCCUUCUUGGGAUUGGCGGGCUACUACCGCAGGUUCGUGCCUAACUUUUCUGCUGUAGCCUCUCCCCUCUCAGACCUUACAAAGAAGGGCCAGCCAGACCAGGUGAGGUGGACAGCCGAUGCAGAAAGGGCCUUCCCAGGCCCUAAAAGAAGCCCUCACCGACACCCUCUGGGCCCACCACCGAGCGGCAGUAGGCUCGGAGCUGAGGGGGGGGUACUGUCGCGACCGGCAGAGUGCUGGCGCACAUAAGAAGGAAAUCGCUCCUUCUCCAACUGCCGCACCGGCACGACGUGGGCAGCCUCCUGCCGAACAUUCCGCCAGCCGGAAGGACCGCCGCGGCAGGGCAGGGCUGACGCGACUCCGGCCAGCGAUUGGCGGAUCCAACGGGGAAGUCCCACCACUCAGGCGACGGCGGAGGAGGAUAAAAGGGCGCGCUUCCGGCUGGGAAGGGGGAGGAGAAUAUCGUAGCGUCAAGACGGACUCCGUGCGUGUUUGCAGCGAUGUGCAAUCUCCGAUCACGACGGUAACCUCACGCCCCACGCUAAUCUCUCUCUCUCUCCCUCUCUUCAGAAGGCACAAGCGCGGACGAGACCGCCGGAUAGUGAGAGUCGCACACACGGAGGACGCCGGCCCGGGAAAACCCCCGCCCCGCCUCGGGAAUCCCGCCUCCGCCACGAGUAGACUCCGCCGGCCGCCACGCCUCCACAAAACCCCGCGCUUAUCCACUUAUAACCCAUUCACUUCACCCUAGCCACAAUAAACCACCGCUUACAACCAUCCUUCUGUCUCCUGUGGGUCUGUACGCCGCCCUUACCCGGGCUAAUUCCUCACAGUACAUAAUGUUUAUUUUUCAUACAUUUAGGAUUUAAUGUUUUAUUUUUUUUUUUUUACUCUUUGAGGAACAUAAAUGAUAUUUCGAGGCAGCUUCUUCUUCACUACCUGCUCCGUUUGACUCAAAAAUGUAACGACCGGUUUCAAAAAGUCACGAUGUCUUCAGUUCAUGUGAUUUUACUGCUUAAUUUAAACAGGAAAUGUGAAAUAUUUUUUUCCUUUGUUUCCUCUACUGUCUUUUUGCUGUGAUCUUGAACACAGUUGUAAUUUUUUAAAAAAUAAUAAAUAAACGAUCAUUCUAGUUCUCUCACUUUCCUUGUCCUAAUUGUCCUGUAUCUGUUAAAUCUGUUUCAUCUCUGGUCUUUCUGUCUGUAUGAACACUUGUAGAAAUGACUUGUAGUCCAUAUUUUUAAAUGAUUCGUGAUUUUGAAUUUAAAUAAAGAUAUUCUUUAAUUCUG